GAAGGCAAGCAAGUCUACAUCAUCUCCCGAGCAGUUCAAUCUCGUGUUCGCAAGCAUUUGAUCGCGCACUAGACUGAAAUUGCUUCUCUGAAUCCACCAGCCAACUACAUCAGCCCAUUCCAGAUAUCACCAGACGCCCAGAUGUCUGCUCCCGGGGCCGAUCAUGAGUUCGCCCCCCAGGAGGUUUCCUGGCAGAAACGCGACAUCCUCUUGUUCGCUAACAGCAUUGGCUGCAAAGCCGAUGAAUUGCACUUUCUUUAUGAACUUCACCCCCGAUUUGCAACCUUCCCAACCUACCCGAUUAUCCUUUCCUUCAAGCUCACUGAUCAGGAAGUGACGGAUUUUUAUGCUCGAGCAGGCGGUGCGCCAAUUCCCGGGGCUCCCAAACUCGACUAUCGUCGAGCCGUGGAUGGUCAGCGGCGACUCGUCGUCGUUAGACCCCUUCCAACGUCCAGCACAGGUCGGAAAUUCGAGUUGCGGAACAAAGUUAUCGGGCUUUACGACAAGGGCAAGGCUGGAACUGUGCUCGAGACAGAACAGUCGAUUGUGGACCAAAAAACUGGAGACAUCUAUACCAAGAUCUUCAGCAGCAGCUUUUUCGUCGGACAGGGUGGGUGGGGUGGCCCGAAGGGCCCAAGCACGGUGAAUUACCCCCCUCCGGAGGGUCAAAUGCCGGAUGCCACCCAUGUGGUUCACACAACUCCUGAGACAGCUCUACUGUAUCGUCUCAAUGGCGAUUACAACCCUCUACACGCAACGCCCGAGCCAGGUUCAAAGAUGGGCUUCGGUGGCACAAUCAUCCACGGGCUGUUUAGCUGGAACUCUGCCGCUCAUGGCAUUCUGAGAGAACUUGGACAAAGCGAACCGGAGAACAUGAAGGAGUUCCAAGCGCGCUUUGCCUCUCCAGUGAAACCUGGCGACAAACUCACUACCGAAAUGUGGCGGAUGGGAAGGCUGCAAAGUGGCGAAGAAGAAAUUCGUUUCAUCGUAACAAAUGACCAGGGCAAGGUGGUGCUCAGUCAUGGUCGUUGCCUAUUAAAAUUCAAUGGCUCGACGGCCAAGCUCGGACCAUUCUGGCUACGAGAAAAUUGCCAGUGCCGUCAUUGCGUUAAUCCCAAGACCAAGCAACGGCAAGUAGACACUUUUGCGAUCCCUAAGGAUGUUCAGUCUGAGUCAGUCACCUAUGCAACAUACGGUCUCAAAGUGGAAUGGUCUGAUGGGCAUUUGGGGUUAUAUCCAUAUCCAUGGCUCCGAGCCUAUGGUUCCAAAAGGCCGGUGACCGUCCCGAUUGCAGCUGUGCAUACUGUCAAACCCAGGCCUUACGAAGCUUAUGCACUCAAGGCGGAAUUCAGGCCAUACCCAACAGUCUCAUUUGAAGAUGUUAUGUCUAGUGAUAAUGGCGUACUUCGGUGGCUCGAUAGAAUUCAUAUCUUUGGCUUCUGUUUUGUCAAAGAUAUGCCCGCGAAUCCAGCCAGCACUGAAGAACUUCUGAAAAGGAUAUCUUUCAUCAGACCCACACAUUACGGUGCAUUUUGGGAUUUCACGGCGGAUAUGACAUUCAAGGACUCUGCAUAUACGAACGAAGCCCUCGGCGCACAUACCGAUAAUACUUACUUUACGGAUCCUGCGAGACUUCAAUUGUUCCACCUUCUGUCUCAUCAAGGCGGGGCGGGAGGUGCUACUCUGCUUGUCGACGGCUUCAAAGCGGCUGAAGCGAUGCGAAAGGAGAACAAGCCGAACUACAUGGCGUUCAUGCGCACUACACAACCUUAUCAUUCCAGUGGCAAUGAAGACGUCUGUAUACAGCCUAUACAUGAAUUUCCGGUGUUCGAAGUUCAUCCUCAGUUGGACCAACUGUACCGGAUUCGCUGGAACAACUAUGACAGAGCACCGAAGGCGAACUGGGAUAGUAAAGAGCUGACGAAGUGGUACACUGCGGCGCGGCACUGGAAUGAAAUACUUACUCGUUCAAAACACCAGAUCUGGAUCCAGCUCGAGCCGGGAAUGGCAUUGACUAUUGAUAAUUGGAGGAUGCUACACGGUCGUUCGGCAUUUACCGGAAAGCGCAGAAUGUGCGGUGGCUAUAUCAACAACGAUGACUUUCUUUCUCGAUACCGGCUUCUCAAGUAUGGCCGACAGGCUCUUCUGAACAAUAUCGGAAAUUAUAAUGAUAGGAGUGCGAGGGAUAACCCGAAUGUAGUGAUAUAAAUGGGUUGCAGAUGCUAGUCCCAUCCAUGUACUAGAGCCAUACAACACUUGAAGAAGCGGAGUUGCUUUUCGAGGGCCGAAACAUUUGUAAUAACAUCACGUGACAUAGGCAGGACAGCUGACGUUGUUUGGCCGAAGCUCAGGGCAAGCCGGC